AAGCGAAUUCAUAUUUUUGACAUUUUUCUUUAAACACGAGUUGAGAAAAAAGAUUUAAGAGUUUAUUUUGCUAAAUCUGCAUUUAUCAAAAAAAUAAAAAUAAUGUUUCGUAUGCCCCCACAAAUUGAUCCUGCUGAGGAAAAAAAGCGUGUACAGGCUGAUGUACGCAACAAUUUCAUAAUGUUUACAGUUUUAUGCGUAGCCAUACGUUUGGCCCCAAUUGUUUUGGAUAAAGUUCAAGCUUAGCAUUUGAAAAAAUGAUCAGCAAUUUGAUUCCGGCAGCUGAUGUUAAGGCAGAAUGCCGCCUGAAACCAUAGUUAAAUCAUCUCCAAUGAGUAAAAUUACUUUUUGCAAUUAUGUGUGUGCUUUUAUUUUUCAACAAAAUGAAGUGUAGUUUAUUAAAAUUAUGAGUGUUAUCUAAUGAAUUAAAAUGAAAUAUUCAUUGUUAUUCCUAUAA